GCUCCCGCUUUCAUACCAACUCGUGCAAGUUUAGUCGCUGGAAUAUACCGUACCCAAGUCAGUCUAUCCUCCGACAUCGCUCCGAGCCGUUUGACAUACAGACGAACCCAUAAUACACCGACGUGCUUAUUAUAUUUGCUUAUUAUUAUUAUCGUCAAAGUUUGUUGCUUUGAUCGCAAUAAUUAAAAGGUGCAUCGAUAAUUAUUUUACCGCUGAUAAUUAAAUUAAAAUAAUUUUUUUUUUUUGAACCGUGUGAUUUGUUUUGGAUUUUUUAAAACCUGGUGUUGCAAAAAGGAAAUAAAUAAAUAACAGCAAUUUCAUGCAUUGAUGAUGCGCCGCGAUUCCUGGAGAAGCGACAAGUCGCUUUGGGCGACAUCCGUCCUCACUCUCCUCUUCCUCGAUGUUAUUACAAGCUCUCUAUCGAUCGAUGCAGAGCCACUGCUGAGAUCUCCAGGUCGUUGUCCUGCUUUAAAUGAACAAAGCACAUGUCCAUCGCGAGCUGCGCCGUGUUCCAGCAGCUUCGAGUGUUCCAGCUCGACGGAAAAAUGCUGCGAGACAGUAUGCGGACUGAAAUGCGUCGCCAGCGAAUUGACUGGAUGCGAACAGCUCGCUUUGGCAGCCACCAGACGGUCACGUGCUCUGGGCACACGUGGACCUCCCCAAUUCAUUCCCCAGUGCAACAAUUUCACGGGGGAGUUCGAGCGAAUCCAGUGCGAGGCCACCGAGAAAAACUGCUGGUGUGUUGAUGAAUUCGGAAGCGAGUUGCCCGGAACCAGGUCCGCGGGACGAGAGUUCGUUGAUUGCAAUAAUCCGCGGCUGUGUCAAGCGCACUCCUGCCGUAUGCUCUGUCCUCUUGGGUUUCAGAUAGACGAGGUGACCGGAUGUCCGAAGUGUGAGUGCCGUGACCCGUGUCACAACGUGACCUGUCCAGGAGUAGGACAAACAUGUGAACUAAUUGAAUCAUCUUGCGCGCGACCACCGUGUCCGCCGAUCCCCAGCUGCCGGAAAGCGAAGUCCUUGGCGACGAUCUGCCCAGCGGGAGAGCCGCUCCAGAUAACGGACUCGCCGCGGCCUUUCCUCUGCGGUGAGAGCAUCGGGAAGCCCUCCUGCCCGCCGAUGUACCGAUGCCUGGUGGAGCCGAAUCAGGAGUACGGAGUCUGCUGUCCGUCGACUCUAAACUUGGAGCGACCUGGAAAAUGCCCGCCGGAAGAGCCAGCUGUCUGUGGCCCGCCGUGUCAGCACGACUUGGACUGCUCCGGACCGCAAAAGUGCUGUGAGAGUGACUCUUGCGGCGGAGGAGUUUGUUUGCUUCCUGUCGGGCUGAGCGCCUGCCGCAAGAACCGGAUGCUCGCCGAGAUGCUCAGCGUUUCCGAGAAGCAAGGCCGCGGGUACAUUCCUCAGUGCAACGAGGACGGUGGAUACGAGCCAAAACAGUGCUCCAGAAACGGGUUGGUAUGCUGGUGCGUCCGCGUCGACGGUAAAAAAAUUUCCGGCACCAUGGGACCUGCUGCCGCUGUUAAUUGUAAUCAAGUUACUGAUAAAUCUAAAGGACGUGCUCUGCCCACCUCAUGCCCACUCUAUCACUGCGCUCAAGUGUGUCAGUACGGAUUUAAAGUCGAUGAAGCUGGGUGCUCUACUUGCGAGUGUGAUAAUCCUUGUGAAGGAUUUCCGUGUCCAGCAGAUCAAGAGUGUGUAUUAAACCGCGAGAACGGCUGCCCGGAUUUUCUCUGUCCCACGACGCCGGAAUGCCGGGCAAAGAAGUCGUACAAGAGUCCCUGUGUAACUGGCGCACCAUUAAGUGAUGAGGGUGGUAAUGCUGUUACUUGCACUGGUACAAACAGCACGUGUCCCUCGAGUCAUAUUUGUACCGCAGUCCCCGAAGCAGGCCAGUCUGUUUGCUGUCCAAUGCUCCACAUCCCGACUCCACCAACAAUGUGCGAGUACUUACAAGACUUUAAUAAUCGCAUGGAAGGAACGCGAGAAGGGAUGUCCUUAGCAAUCCCUCCACCAAAAUGUUCCUCAGACGGCACGUGGAAGUCGCUGCAGUGUCAUGAUUCGCGCUGUGACUGCGUAAAUGAGCAGGGAGUACCUCUAAGGACAAAUAUCACCACAACAGAUGUUGACUGCGAUGAAGUACGUGCUUUGAGUAAGACAUGUGAGCCUCCGGAAUGCGAUAUACAAUGCACGUACGGCCGGGAAGUUGACGACGCGGGGUGCGAGCAGUGUCGCUGCCGAGAUCCUUGCCAAGGAGUAUCCUGCGGUCCGAGAGAAAUCUGCUCGAUGGUCGACGUUAACUGCGGGGAGGGCCAAAGCUGCCCUCAAGUCCCCGCUUGUCUGGCUGUCAAGCAAGGCCAGUGUCCUUACCUGGUUCCUAGUUCUUCCAGCUGCGAAGUCCACUGUAGCAAUGACCAAGAAUGUUCAGAUGAUCGAAAGUGCUGCUCGACUGGCUGCGGAACCGCUUGUGUUGAGCCAGUAGUCGCCACUGCUUGUCAACACGCCAGAACUUUGGCUGAACACGCGGCCAGAGAGUCUGGGGAACCUGCCAGGAGAAUUUAUAUUCCGCAAUGCGAUGAGAAAGGAAGUUUUGAGUCUGUUCAAUGCCAUUUAGGAACUUGUUGGUGUGUUGAUGAAGAAGGAAGAGAAGCUGCUGGUACCAGAAUUCCAGAUGGUGCGGUUCCGAAGUGCAAUAAGCCGGUGACUUGUCCAACAAUAGAAUGCCACCUGGACUGUCCAGAUGGUUUAGAUUUAGAUCCAUCUGGGUGUCCGCGUUGCUCUUGCCGGGACCCGUGUAAGGCCGUAAAUUGUCGUGGAGAAAACGAAGCUUGCAGGAUGGUAGAAGUGGCCUGUAGCGCGCCACCAUGUCCCCCAGUGCCGGUCUGUCUGCCUAAAAAGGACAACCCUUGUCCCAACGGAGCUCCUCUGUUAACCCAAGAAGGCUUGCCAGCUAUCUGCGGUCCCCACGGCCAGCACUGCCCAACCACCCACAAAUGCGAGCUAUCUCCGCUUGAUGAAUACGCGGUGUGCUGCCCUAAGCCCCGGGACGUAUGUUUCGAGCCCCCGAGACUCAUCGAGUGUCCUCCGACCAGACAGAAAGGGAUGAACGAUACUGAGCGAUGGUACUUCGACCCGGAGUUGAACGAGUGCAGGAUAAAGACCGGGUGCUCGGUCGGGCACAAUGACUUCUCCAGCAAGUUGGUCUGCGAUGACGUCUGCCCGGUUUUGACUCCGUGCGAGCUCCAGAGGGAGAGAAAUUUGAAGAGCUCCCAGAGACUGAAAAAAUCCGUCUUCCUGCCGAGAUGCAACGCAGACACUGGAGCCUGGGAGUCUGUACAGUGUCUCGAGCACGUGGGGGUCUGCUGGUGCGUCGACAGAAAGGGAGUACCGGUAAAAGGCUCGCUUGUACGCGGCGAAGAGCCCAAGUGCAACUUCAGACAAGCGAGAAAGGGAGGCAAAAGUUCUCUGAUUGAAAUAGAUCCGGAAAUCGUGGCGUACAUGGAAAACUCUCUGGUUAAGCUUGAUGUUGAAGAGGAGAGGAUGGAGAAGCCGGUGGCGAAAUUACUGGUAACGAGAUGCGAAGCGAUGAAAGAGCGCGGUCAUGUACCGACCACUUGCGAUGUAGAUGGAAAGUUUGAGCCCACACAGUGUGCCGGAGAAACUUGCUGGUGUGUUGACGAGGCUGGCAAUCAAAUUAUUGGCUCUGAGCCCUUCUUCAAAGGCACACAAAUGUGCUUAAUGACUGCAGUGGAGGCGGUGGAAGUAACGCUCCGUUUUCCGGGACACUUUGUCAAUGAGGACACGAAUCGGUUCACUCGGGCGACCGCGGACCUGCUGCGUGAUCUGAACGCGAGUAUCAAGGACGGAAUUGCAGUGGAGCUGGACCUGGACGCGGCGAUAAUUGGAUUCGAAAUAGUCGGAGACAACAAAGUUGAUGUGGCUUUCCAUCUCGAGGAGCUAACUCGCAGCCGUAGCUUAGCGCUGCUGGGAUCCAUUGCCGAUGCUACCACUUCAAGAUUUAUCCAUCGGCCCUUAUCUUUUGAAGCUGAAGACAAGAUAAUGGCUCUUGAACAACGGGAACUAUUCACUGACGCUGAAACUCCAAUUUAUCAGACUACUACCGUCGUUCUUGCCGCUACAAGUGCCAUUAUUAUCUGCAGUUUUAUUAUUUUAUUCGUUAUUUAUCGUAGGAAGAUGAAAGUAAGAUAUUGUACGCCGAAAGGAGAAGAAACGGAUGAGCGUUACUUGGCAUACGACAAACAACCGGUAUAUGUGAUAUCCGGUGCAGAUAAAGAUGACAAGGACAUAGAGGUUGCAAGAGAAUUAUGCGAGAGUCACUCCACCGGGAAGGAAAUUGCUCAGACAUAAACUAUUUCGUGACUCUUGAGUAGAAACAUUGAUCGCACUUGACGUCAUCUUCAAGAAUAACAUUUUAGAGUAAAACCACCCGAAGCUUCACCAUCACCAUCACCGUCACUGUCACCAACUCCACUACAAAAUACCAUUGAAAAAGCAGUACCGCUUAAAUAAAAGCAUCUUAGAGAAGAACUUACUUAUUCGCAUUACGUACUUAUAUUGUCUGGCGAAUAAUUUAAACCUCAAGUAUAUAAAUAAUAGAUUUAUUUAGCAAGUAUUGAAGAAUCUAGCAGACAGCAUCUAUAUGAUCGAUCUCUUUUUCACCUAACGGCUGCGAUUAUUUAUUUCUUAUUUCUUCUUGUCGUUUAUUCUCGUCAUUUUUCAUCUCUACGGUCAUUACAGUUAUGCGGUUAAAUUUUAUCGAUUAAUUACUAAAGUAAAGACUAUCGAUAAUUCGAUAGCUCACCUCAGUAUUUAUUGUACUAUUUAAUAGAAUAAUGUAAUGAAAUUACAAUACGAUAAUGUAAUCUAAUAACUAAUAACUAUUGAAUUGAUGAUGACGUUGUAAUGGAAGAUGUUAAAGUCAAUUACGGUAUACAUAAUAGUGAAAUAAUAAUACCUGCAGCCGUUUUUUAUUUAUGUAACAUUAUAGUGUAAAGAGUGAGCUAAUUUUUAUUGAUGUUAUUAAUAUUAAGUACUUAGAGUACGCGCGAUGACAAUUUUCUGAUGCUCAUAAUUGACGUACUUUUAAUUUAUUAAAUUACAAUAUUGAUAAGCGUCAGUUUACGCGUCAGAAAUGUGGUCACUGUAGCUUAUGUAGAUGCAUAUCAUGUAUUCAUGAAAUGCAAGUGAUAUAUAUGUAUAAAUAUAUAUUAUACAUAAAUAUAUAUUUAUUAAUAUUGGUAUUUAUGAUAAUUAAAUCGUUAAAUACAUAAAAAUUGAUACUAUAUAUACUAUAUACAACUAAUAGUAUAGAAAUGUACAUAUCCAGCGCGAUAAUUUACGCGUUAAAUUUUAUUAUUAAAUAAUAUUUAUAUUUUCUCAUUUAUCUUUAUACUUAUUUAUUUAUUUAUUUGUUUAGAUGUAAUUCUUUAAUCGUAAUUUUUUAAUUAUUAUUUUAAAGCCAAUUUUUUAAAUAUUUAAUUAAAAAUAUCGGCCGACAAAAUGGCCGCUGGCCGAUUUGUAAUUUAAGUAA